UUGUACAGGUCUGUAAUUGAAGAUGUCAUCAAUGAUGUCAGAGAAGUUUUUCUGGAUGAAGGAGUUGAUGAACAAGUUCUUAUGGAACUCAAAACACUGUGGGAGAACAAGCUCAUGCAGUCCAAGGCUGUAGAUGGCUUCCAUUCUGAAGAGCAGCAGCUUUUGUUGCAGGUGCAACAACAGCAACAGCAGCAGCAGCAACAGCAGCAUCAUCACCACCACCAUCACACACAACCUCAGCCACAGCAGGCUGUGCAGCAGCAGUCUCAACCACAGCAAGUCCUUAUUCCAGCAUCUCAGCAAGUUGUAUCUACUGUAUUGACCUCCCAACACAGGGAGAUCAUACUUCUUAUAAACAGGAAGUAUUCACUCUACCCAGUAAUAAACUACAACUACCGGAAAGGAAGCCGUAGGGAGAGUGCUGCAGCCACUGCAGCUACAUUGGCUCUCCCUGCGGGCGUUACUCCUGUUCAGCAGAUACUUACAAAUUCAGGCCAGAUCCUUCAAGUAGUUAGAACUGCAAAUGGAGCUCAGUACAUCAUUCAGCCACAGCAACCAGUUGUUCUACAGCAGCAGGUCAUACCACAAAUGCAGCCUGGUGGAGUACAAGCACCUGUUAUACAGCAGGUUUUGGCUCCUAUCCCUGGAGGGAUUUCCCAGCAGACAGGAGUGAUUAUUCAGCCUCAGCAGAUCCUGUUUACAGGAAAUAAAACACAAGUCAUACCUACAACAGUGGCUGCCCCUACACCAGCUCAAGCACAGAUUCCUGCAGCUGGUCAGCAGCAACCACAACAACAACAGGCACAACCACAAGCACCACUUGUUCUCCAAGUUGAUGGAGCAGGGGACACGUCGUCCGAAGAAGAAGAAGAUGAGGAGGAAGACUAUGAUGAUGAUGAAGAGGAAGACAAAGAAAAAGAUGGAGGUGAAGAUGGCCAAGUUGAAGAGGAGCCUCUUAACAGUGAAGAUGAUGUGAGUGAUGAAGAAGGACAAGAGUUGUUUGAUACGGAAAAUGUUGUUGUGUGCCAGUAUGAUAAGAUCCAUAGAAGUAAAAACAAAUGGAAAUUUCAUCUCAAAGAUGGCAUCAUGAAUCUUAAUGGAAGAGAUUAUGUAUUUUCCAAAGCCAUUGGAGAUGCAGAAUGGUGAAGUUUUAAAAGACAAAACAAAAAACUCCCUGUAAAAGGAAAAAUAUCAAAAGCAGGAAAGGUUGAGACUUGGACAUAUACUCCAACCAAAAUGUGUUUCUGCACAUCAGAAAUAAGAAACAGAAGUAUUGGAACAAAGAAAAAUGUGGCAACAAAGACACUACUUCAGAUGAGCAAGCCAUGGACUGUAGCAGCUAUAGCAUUGUCUGGGAGCUGGUUUUGUGUGUUAGGAAUACCUUAAUUAUCAAUUCUACUUACAGGUACCUACAGCUGGUAUUUAGCAUGUAAGGCUUUGUUUCCCCCCCCCUCCUUCUUCCCUUGAUUUAAGAUUUUAAAAUACUUCUUCCACUGAUUGAAGGAACUCUUCCCUUUGAUAGAUUAUUAAUCUGAAAAUGCUUAUUGUGUGUACAAAUCUUUGCUUUGAACACUUCCUUUUGGUAGUGAGGAUGAUCGGAAUGUUACUUAAACUGAGUGCAAGCUUUGUACAGAAGGGUA